CAAAAUGUUUGUUACAUGGGGAAUCUUUCCUUUUAUAAACUUAUUAUAAUAUUAUUUUUUGUGCCAACUUUUAAUUUUAAUUGGUCCAAUUUUUUCAACUCAUUAAAUUUCUUUACAAUUUCCUAAGUACGUUAAGUUAGCAAUCUUUGUGCUUUUUCAUUAUUGGUUCAUUUUGAUAAAUAAAACAAUCUUAUUGGUUGUUGUAAUUAUUAGUGGAUUGGGGUUUUACUUGGUUUAUUUUUUUAAUAAAAAACCAAAAGAAUCUUUAUUAUACGUUAAUAAACGUGCAAAAGUCCAAACGUAACAAACAUUUUGGAACGGAGGGAGUAUUAUUUUCCCUAGUUGUAAAUUGCCCAAAUGAGACAUAGUUUUGAUUGUAGGACACACUGUUCGUGUUUCUUGUUUCAUUAUUAAGAGCUUGCUUUUAAAAUUUUUAUGUCCAUAUAUUGUUGGUAAAUGGUAAUGUUUUGGUGUUAAGAGUUUUAAAUGGCAUAAAUUUAAACAUAAUUUAAAGGUCAUUUCAACUAUUCAUUUGGCUAAUAUCAUACUUGUAGAAAGCUAAAUUUAGGGAAUCCUUAAAUGAAUUCCUCUUAAGUCUCAAAGACAAGACAGUGAAAAAAAAAUUUUGAAGAAAUUUUGCAGAAUCUAUAAAUUGUCUUUGACUAGGCCAAAUUCACAUAAAACACAUAAAACUACAUAAAAAACACAUAAAACGUGCGUGUUUCAUUAAAUUAGUUUAACGAAACACCCUAAAAAACACCUAAAACAAGUGACUAAUCACAUCUCAAGUAUUUUUCUAACAGCUUAUCUGUUUCACCAAACUCUUACCUUGUUCGGUAUCACUAUCAGUUUUUGAUUUAUUUUGUUUAGUAAAUCAUGAUUUAGAACAUAUCGAAUCAUGUUGAUUUUGAAAACUGACAACGAAAAACUAGAAAUUACUUUUUAUGGUGUUCAUAUUUUGGUUUUUACUUUUAUUUAAAAUAGAAAAUUGUAAGCAAAAACUAAAACCGAACAUUGAUUUCACCUAGCUUGGUCAUAUAUCACGAUAGUUCAAAUUUUUAAUAGGGAUAAGUAUGUUUACCAAUGCAUAGUGUAAUUAUUCGUUUAUAUCUGCCUAGAAGCUAUAUUUUCCAUAUAAGCACACUAAUUUUAGGAAACAAUUCGAAAAUAAAUAAAUCAUGUUUAUCGUCUAAUCGAAUCUGAUUCAUUGCUGUCUAUAGCUCGUCUGAACACAAAAAAAAAAGGGGAAAAAAGAAAAUUAAAGUUGUCAUCAAAAUUUAAGUUUCAAGUUUUCAUUUCCCAAAAAAAAAAAAAAAAAAAAAGUAAGAAUCCAAAAACUUAUAUCCAGCAUUAAACAUGCCACAUUAAAAGCACCUUAAACCCUUGCUUAAAAUGAAGGUUAUGAAAAUAUUGAACUUUACUUUGGACUUUUCACAAUUAUCACGUUAUAACACCAUCUUCCUAAUUCCUAAAUUCUCUGCUAAUUCUUUCUACGGUUCUACCCAUUAGCUUCCUCCAUUCUACCAUGAAACUCCCACACAUAUUUUUCAAGUUCCAGGCAUUCAGGUGGAAGAGUUUGCUUAAGGGGGGUGAUGGUGUUGAUGGGUCUAAAAAUGUGAAGAAACCAUCAUGGAUGGUGCCAAUCUCACAUGGUUAUCAUAUUGUCGAGGGUCGAUCAUGGAGAGGAGAAGAUGAAGAGUUAGAAAAACCAGACAAUGUUGUUGUACAAAGAGAAGAAAUUGACAAUCUUGAGUUGUGGUUUUAUGGUGUUUCAGAUGCUGGUGUUGGUGAUGGCAUCAGUAGGUACUUACAGUCAAAUCUUUUUGACAGGAAACUAAAGGAGAAUCUGAUGAUUAGAAAGAGCAAAGAAACAAUGAAAAAGGCUUACCUUGAUGCAAGAACAAAGCUCGAGAGUGAUAAACAGGAGAAGAUAGUAAAUGCUGGUUCUGCAUCUGCAAUGAUCGUUAAUGGAGAAAAGAUUGUGAUGGCUCAGAUGGGUGGUUACAGAGCUAUUGUUUGCAGAGAUGGUAUGGCUCAUCAGUUGGGGGAAACACAUCAGUAUAGAGGAAAAAGGCAUUGGCCUCAUCGGCUGAUUUCAGGGGCACUGCGCAUUCCAAAAGUUAGCAUACAAGCAUGCCAUUCAGGAAAGGAACCAAACAGAACACAGGGAAACACUUCAGAACUGAUUACUGUUACUGAAAGAAUAGAUUCAGAAACUGAAUUUAUCAUCUUAGCAAGCAUUGGUAUUUCAGAGGUAAUGAGGAAUCAAGAGGCAGUUGACUUAAUCAGGCACAUAGAUGAUCCUCAAGAAGCUGCUGAAUCUUUAGCAAGGGAAGCUUUGGCAAGAAUGAGCAAGAGCAAUAUUUCUUGCGUAGUUAUUCGUUUUGAUUAGUACAAACUUUAUACUUUUUGGAAUUUAAUAUUCUUCCCAUCUCUCUUAUAGUACAAUUUUGUACCUUUUGAACCUAUUUAAAUGUAACUAGUGUGGAAUGAAGAGCAUAUGUUUAGGUAGUGAACUGUGUUAGUUUCUAUCUCUGCGUAAUCAGGUUCCGCUUAACGGGAAGUUGUUUCUGCAGAUAGAGGAAAUCGGAAUUACAAUUUGUAUGAGAAAUCAAAUAGUAAAUCAAUUCAAUUAAUCAAGUACAUAGGAGGUGAAGAGAACAAGGGAACUGAUUUUGGCACUCCUCUUUGUGAGUUGAGAACGGAA